AUGAAACCAAGUGAAGUUGACGAUGACAGCCAAUCUCCAACACCGAUUGUGACAACUCCAACAAAUGCCAACUUUUUGCCAAUUCAGAAGUUGAGUAUUGCUAACAUGAAGGCUCAUGAUCUCGAGCAAGCAAGCCUCAAGUUGACAGCACAGGCUUAUCCAAGGAAUAAUGUUGUCAACAAAUCUUCGAAAAGCCCAGUUUCAUCACCAAAUUUCACAGUUCCCAAGAAGCGCAAGAAGAAAGCUAGGAAGAGACAAAGAAAGUGUAAACUUCCGGUCGUUGCAUCAUCUUUGGGUCGUCAAUUUCCACUUCCCAACCCUAAGGAAAUCGAGCUUUACUCUCGCAAAGAAGAAGCGGUUCAUUUGGACCCUCGUACGAACGACAAGACAAGUAGCUCGUCGUCCACUGGGGCAGAGCUUAGCAGCUCAGAGAGCUCGAGUCGGUGA